AUGAUGCUUCUCGCUACCAUUGAGGCAUCAGCCGCGGUGGAUGCGCGCGACUCCGCAGACGUGGCGGAUCCAUGCAGCGUGGAGGAGCAGUACAUACGCAUGCUCAACGCCCCAGGGGCACUGGCGCUGUUUCGUCUGGCGAGAUUCCGUCUUGGUAAGCCGUGCGGCGUUCCAGACCCACAGCAGCCGGUGUCUACAGCCGCCUCCCUCUCCGCACUGACCGCUACAUUUGUCAAGAACAAUAUACGCAUUGUGACGGACGACGGUAGCGAUGCGGUGAGCUUUGCGGUGCCGUUACACACCGCAGCGAACGAGAGCGUAGAGCCGUCCUCACCUUCCUCGCUAUGCUUUUCUGUUGACGGUGGAAGACACUAUGUGUCCGUUGGGAUUUCCUACAUCGCCGUCUCCUGGGCCCCAACCCUCCGGGUGCAGCUUUCAGUGCUGCCAGAGGAGCCGGAAGAGGAAGCGGGAGGCAAUCAGUCAGUGCUAUUCAGUGCUAUGCAUGUGUUCGAGCAGAUGAGCCACCUCGGAAGGCUGGUUGACACGCGCUACAACGCGCACCUGUCUCCUUCCCAAGACCCCCUGCUGAGUCGCUACUUGAACGGCUUCACUACCGACGCACUCUGGUGCGGUUUCUUGCAUAACGUCGGUUUUGCGAGCGGUGGGGAAUUGUACCUUCCGGCGUUAACUAUCGAUGGCGACCAGCGUGGUGACGCGUUGCUCUUCGCCGUGAAUUACCAGCAGCGCGAUAUACCCACAGGGCUAACGAUGCAGCUGGAGCCCAUGUCGCUUCACUGCGUCGACGAGGCCGCCGAAACCACUCAACAAGUGCACCGGCAGUCUACGGGGUGGUUGUUGCCCAUUGCAGGUGCGUGUGAACGUGGCGUCCAGGCCGGCGUGACGGUUCGUGUUGUGAAUAGCAGCGUGCGUUCCUGCGACUCGCCAGAGGUCAACAACGCCUAUGCGAUGGAUGUCUUCGUUAUGAAGCCACGUGAAUGGGCAGGCGUUGGUGCUACGCCAACAUCGACGACACUGCAGCUUCCAACGUCUAUACGUUACGUGCCGGAUGGCACGUAUAAAUUGUGUGUAAAGAAAUACUUGCCCUAUCGCUUUGGGAAGGCCUCCGUCUUCCUUGAUACGUCUGUAGAGCUGAAGGUGACCUCCACGCCUGCUGUGAACGCGCUCUUGGGGCCGCGUUGA